AUGAUCAGUCCACUGUUGUGGGUUCAGUUCUUCUCAGUGACUGGUCUCAAGCACAAGAAACUGAUCAGCAUAACAUCCGUGAAGAUUUGAAAAAUCCUCAGAACACUUGAAGAGAUAACACAAGAUGAAUACUUACACGUUGGUAGGACUAUUUUGCCUUGUGCUGGCAACGUCAAUCUCCUCUCUGCCAACCAUGUCGCCCGCUGAGUCUGCUAGCCUCGCAUCUACAGAGGUAGCCGAACAUGAGUACAUCCACCUCUCAACAGAAGUACCCAGCGCGGGAGAUGAACCAAGUACCACUGAAGAUGCUGACGAACCAGUACCAUCUGACAAAGACGACAUGGAAACAGCGGAGGUCGUUGUGUUCAGACCACUGUUUAGUUAUAAACGGGUUGAGGCAGAGCGGCGUCGCAAGCUCAAUCAGGCUCGCCGGCGGCCUCUAUAUUAUCCGUAUUAUCCAUAUUAUCCAUACCGACAUUAAAAAUUAUCUCUAGAAUCGCCGACAUAAUGAACCCAUUUCGCACUCACAAUAUUUAAAUAACUUUCUUUGGGCAUUUAAUCUUCAGCAUACUCAGAUGGUGCAAAAUACGCUACACAAUAUUUCUCAUACUCAUCACAAGCUUGAGAAACAGGAAUAUUUCUGUAUUUCACAUAAAUUCAUAUUCACUCGAAGUACUGAGCAGUAUUAUCAUCAAGGAUGAGAUGCCUUUAGUCCGACAGUUCAACGAAGUUUCGGAGGUUUGUUGGAUACAUCUUUGGAAUCGGAAAGUUAAUCGACCAAGCUCUCAAUCUGCAUAGUUUCGCACCCC